GAAAUCCCCCCUAGCUCCCUUAAAACCUCCCCUCGUCCGUCCUCCCAUUCGCCUCGCCCCCACCCGCAUCCCCGUUCCCACCACCACCACCACCUAGCUGCCGCGGCCGCCGCUCCCAUGGCGGAGCUACGGCCUCGCCCUUCCUGCCGGCUUGCCCUCCUAGCCUGCCUGUGCCUCUUCCUGCUGGCCGCCGCGCCGCCCCUCGCGCUCGCCCGCGCGGCGCCCGCCGCCGACUCGAUACACAAGCUACUGCGCUCGCACGGCCUCCCCGGCGGGCUGCUCCCGCGCAGCGUGGAGUCGUACACCCUGGACGAGGGAAACGGCCUGCUCGAGGCGCGGCUAUCGGCGCCGUGCUACGCGACGUACGACAACGGCGACCUGGCUUUCUUCGACACCGUGGUGCGAGGGAAUCUCAGCUUCGGCGCGCUCCGCGGCUGUGAGGGGCUGGCUCAGGAGGAGCUCUUCAUGUGGCUCCCGGUGAAGGGCAUCCUCGUCUCCGACCCUGGCUCCGGCGUCAUCCUGUUCGACAUCGGCUACGCGCACAAGAGGCUCUCAAGGUCGCUCUUCGAGGAGCCGCCGGACUGCAAGCCGUCUGCCAGCACCAGUAUGGGCGCCGUCGAAGCCGCCAGGUGGAGGGAUAGUCCAGCUGCAGGUGUUCCUGGGCUGAGGGAGAGGAUAGAGGCAGAAGGAGGAGAAGAGCACCUGGACCAGAGGUGAGAAUGAGCGUGUGAGGAGAGGAGGAGGAGAGAGGAAGACAAGAAGACCGAGACAAGUUCACCAGUUUUCCCCUUGUGUAAGAUCAGACAGAACCUGUGGUGAUGAGUGAGAAGUGCUGCAACAACUGAUAAUGCCCGCAGAGGUUGGAAGAAAGAAUGUGUGUACUUAAUGGAGAUGUGGGUACCUUUUGCGCUUCUUUUUUGUUCUGUUUUCCCUCCUCUUUCUUCUCUCUCUCUAGUCCAUGCAUGCAAUGCUCCUGUGUGAUAGUGGUUGAGUAUUAAGUUUGUCA